AUGCAAAUCGCGAAGGUUCUCACCGCACUUGUGCCUCUGAUCAUUGCAGUAUCAGCACAGGCAUCACAGGCGAAACGGAAUACCUUUUGCAGAAGCCAAGCUGUUAGUCUUCCAGCCGGCGGGAGCUGCAACGGACAGGUCCGCUGUGUAAGUGGCAAAUCUUGGUAUUACUGGUAAUAAGACUAACAAAUACGCGAAGUGUACCGAAAGAGGCAAAGUAGAAGACUUUCAAACCCCCAGUUUCUGUUCGCUUAUUACAGAUUCGGAAGGAGGGACUACCAACUGCGGUGGUGGUGUAA